AUGGUUGCUGCAGCGAACCUCGCUCCUUUUUCGUGGUCUCACGUGUCUUCCCUCCGAUGUUUUGUUUCCAGUCCGAAUUGUCGGUCAGACCAGCGCCGGCGAAGCCCUGAGCCAGGCUGUACAGACACCCACUGGACGAUUCCUCUUUACUACGUCGCAACGCUCGCGGAAGCGAGACUUUCAGUCGAGUGGAUUCUUUCGUGUUGCAAGGAAGCUUCCUCUGGCGGGGUUUGUUGUUCUGCAGCCCCUCCUCCGCAGCUGCCACUGCUUGCCGUGCUUCCAGAGACGAGCGCCACGCGCCAGUUUCAGGACCGCUUUCGCGAUUCGACAGAGACUGUUGGUGCCUUGCCCGUCUUCCCCUCUUUUGGGACGCCUGGACAGGACUACGCCGAUGUUCUUGGCGACGCCGCAGAUCCUUCCGGGCACGCGGGCAUUUCUGGUUCCUCGACUCGCCCUCGCUCGCGGCUCUUUCAGUCCUCGAUUGGCGUCCACGUUCCUUUUCUUCCUCUCUCCCGCCGUGUCGCCUCUUUACCACAUGCUCUGCGUCCUCCUUCCCCCUCUUCGUCCUCACCAGCAGCUCCUGGUCUGCGCGACGACUCUCUUCUGGAGCUUUCACACGGUGAAUUCCUAAAGGGGACACGCAAAGAAGACGCGCGGGACAGUUACCUCGAUGAGAGCCGGAGGUUUCUUCACUACCCGGGUCGCACCGAGUUGUUGUCCUCGCUGUACGUGUCAACCCCGAGGGCCAUCUUUCUCUUCAGCUUCUGUCCUUCGCUCUCCUCUUCUCCGGAUGCCGUCUCUCACCCUGUCUCCCCUCUCUCACCUUCCCCUUCGUCGUCUUUCUCUAGCUUGUCCUCCUCUUCCCUUCGUGAGCAUCGGCGGCUCGUCUGCUUUGUGUGUUCGUCUCUCUUAGCAAAUCCGGAUGUCGCAAAGGUUUCCCACGGAGCCCACGGCCUCAUGUCUACCCUCUACUGGCAGUACGGGGUCUCUGCCUCGACAUUUGUUGACAGCCAGGUCGGCCUCGCUUCGCUUUUGGACCGUCUGAAUCUAGAGAGCAAUUUCCUCUCCCUCUUCACAGCGCUUCGCCUCCAGUUCGGCCGCGCUCUGGAUGGCUGGGAUCGCCUGGUGCACGAGGAGAAAGAAUCUUCCCUUUCCGUUGCGUCUUCGUCUCCUGCCCCGGACGGCAGUCUCGCGACAGGCCCUGGGUCGCGGAGGUUCGCAGACGCGAGCGAGAGAGGAAGAGUUCUGCAAAACGAAGGAGGGGGGCUGCAUGAGGCGAUGCUGGCUGCUCACACACUACCUUUUGGUGCGCACGUUUGCUCGUUACUUGGAGACGACGACGGUGCCUUCUUUCAGGCACAAAUGGAGAGUAUACUCUUAGCGUACUCGCGGAUGAAUCCUGACUUGUCCACACCGCGUGUACCUCGUUUCUCUCGGCUGGCGGAGGGCGGAGCCUGCUCUGCCGCGACAAGCGAGGCAGGGAAGGAUCGACCCGAGAUGCGGAGGCUGCGGUUCGCUGGUUAUCUUCGUGCGGUUUCGGCAGCACAUCGCCACGAGCUCGAGCCUCCCAUUCCCGAAGAGAGCGCUUCCGUUCCCACGGUCUCGGCUCUGAGCCAGGCACCAGACCAAGGAGAGCAAGAAGAGGAAGGCGACGCUGGAUGGCAGGCUGUUCGUCUCCUGCCGGUUCCGCCGGGGACAGUCCUGAAGGCAAUGCUCAUGUACAGAGAGACCGAAAUGCUCUUUUUCGGUCUGAACCUGGGCCCCCUCGCUGGCGUCGCCGUGGGGAAGAGCAUCAGCCGCUUUCCCGAUUUGAAGCCUGGCGAUGUGGUGGACUGCUGCGUUCUGGGGCGAAGUCCCUGUGGACAGUUUCUCCUCUUGGAGCGAGUCGGAGGCCGCAAUCUUGUCUUCGACUUGAAAAGCAAAAGAAUGCUACCUUUGCCGUCCCUCGGAGACACAGAGGCGACCUCAUCGUCCAGCACUUUCUCUCAACAGCGAAAAAACCCCUCGAGUCAAUCAAGUUCGUCCCUUGUUGACGACGCAUCAAUGACGAUAACACCUGGGGCGUACGACGAGCCGUACAAGCUGACGUCGAAUGCCUCGCUGGUGGAUAUGAAGGCGAGGUUCACUGUUGGGCUGGACGAGAGGCUCGGGAAGAGAUUCGGCGACAACGGCGGACGCCCCAAGCCGUAUAUCGGCCAGAAAAUCUAUAAACUUGGCAAACGAGGCGCAGUGAAAAUUCGAAAGAAGUUACCGCGAAACGUAUUUGAUGAUGACGGGAGAAAUAAAUGA